UGGACAGAAAAACCGAAGAAACAAAAAUCACAAAAACCUCUUUUUCUUUUUAUUUUUCUCCACCGCCGGAGAAAUGAAACCUCCGGCGACCCUAACUUCCCCGUUGAUGAAGAAUGCUCGUAUCUCCGAUCACCGCCGACACUUUUUCCACGAAAACCUUCAAUUAGAAAUCUUCACUCCCUUAGCCUAGAAGAAAUUCGUACACAUGAACUUUACAUAUUAUUAAUUUUGUUUUUUCGUUUUUUCAUAUUUCUUCGCUUUUCGGUGGAGAACAUGCCAAAUCUGUGAGUUAUUAUCUGGUGUAGCGUAGGGAAACGAUGAAUGUGUGUUGUCAGUGUUUGACUGCGUUGUGAUAUUGACUUGUGACUGUGUUGAGUGAGUGAAAUUCGAAGCUCUGAAAAUGGAGCAGAACUGAGAGAGAGAGAGAGAGAGAGAGAGAGAGAGAGAGAGAGAGAAAUUUGAAUUAGUUGUUGCCAAAGGUAUGGCUCCGAUGAAGAUCCAACCUAUUGAUAUUGAUUCAGAGAGAGUGAAGGAAGCGGCGGCGGCGGUGGUGGUUCGAAACGAGUCGGUGUUGAAGUCGCGGUUAAGAAGGUUGUUCGUGUUCGAACGGCAGUUUCCGAGAAACAACAAAGACGGAGGAGGAGGAGGAGGAGGAGGAGGAGGAGGAACGGAGUUCGAGCCAAGCUCUGUUUGCUUGGCGAAAAUGGUGCAGAAUUUCAUGGAGGAGCAGCCACCGGCACCGCCGCAAAAAUGCGGUCGCAACCGCUGCAAUUGCUUCAACGCCAACAGCUCCGACGAGGACGAUUUCGACCUCUUCGGAAAUGGAGCUGAAUCAAUCACCGAUUCCACCGACUUGCUCAAGAGCUUGAUUCCUUGCGCGAGUGUUGGAGAGAGGAACCUCUUAGCUGAAGCAUCGAAGAUUGUUGAGAAGAACGGUAAAGUGUAUAAGCGAAAAGAAGAUCUGAGAAAGAUUGUCGCUGAUGGUCUUUCAUCUCUCGGCUACGAUUCUACUCUCUACAAAUCCAAAUGGGAGAAAACCUCUUCUUACCCCGCUGGUGAAUAUGAAUUCAUCGAUGCGAUUGUGGAAGGGGAGAGAGUGAUAAUAGACAUCGAUUUUCGAUCCGAGUUUGAUAUCGCACGAUCCACGGGGACCUACAAGGCGAUCCUUCAAUCGCUGCCGUUCAUCUUCGUCGGGAAAUCAGAGCGGUUAGUGCAAAUCGUGUCGAUCGUGUCGGAGGCGGCGAAGCAGAGCUUGAAGAAGAAAGGGAUGCCGGUUCCGCCGUGGAGGAAGGUCGAUUACAUGCUCGCAAAGUGGCUCUCACCUUCUGCCGCUGCCGCUAGGGAAAAGCCUAAGCAACCCCCGUCCUACUCCGUCAAAGUCUCCGUCCAGCCGGAAACCCUGUCCUCGACGGGGGACGGCGAUGCGACUACGGAUAGCGAUUGUGGUGAGUUGGAGCUGAUUUUCGGCGAGAAAAUGUCGCUGCCGGAGCCAGAGGUUGAUUCCGCCGGAAAGAAGGCGGAGUCGGCGGUGGUGACACCAGCGUGGCAGCCGCCGGCGGUGAAACCGAAGAGUGUUGAGAGAGGGGCCAAGGUCGUGACCGGAUUAGCCUCUCUCCUCAAGGAUAAACCAUAGAACAAAAUUUUGUUUUUUAUUUUCCUUUUUUAAAAAUGUGAAUUAAAAAUUAAAAAUAUAAAGAGAAAAUUUCGGAUAUAGUUCUCUCUUUUUUUCUUUCAAGUAUUUUUGUUUUCCCUCCUUUGUUUUUUUGUUCGUAAGGGGAACUCUGUAAGAAGCUUUUUUUUUUGUUUUUCUUUUUUUGGGGGACAAUGUAAGAAGCAACUAUAUA